GCUCUUGUCGGGAGAUAGGGAAUGCCCGUUAGUUGCGUCUGCCGAUAAUAGCACAUCAGCCAGAGUGCUGCUAUUGGGAGAGCAGAGCGCAGGCAGUGCGGAGGACUGAGCCUCUGAGCACAGAAUGGCACACUAGAGAAGACAGGCACACUCAGAGAGAGACAGAGAGAGAGACAGAGUAAAGGAGGAGAGAGUGCAUCAGAGCACGCUGAGAAGAGGAGGACAGGGAAGGAGCAGAGCAGUGGAGAGAGGACGGGGAGAAAAGUUACCAGGUCAGCAAGUGAACGUGGGAGUGGAGCAGCUGAGACUCACAGGGGUCUCACUCCCACUGGAGCACAGCAGUGAGCAGCACAGGAGGGGAGCACUGUAACUUCUUCCUGGAAGGACAGUCCCGUCAUAAGGCGAGGGUAAUGCUCCUCACAGGACUCUUCUGCACAGCUUCAGGACUAUCACAGGAAGACAGUAGCAGCAGUCAGAAGACAGAGGUGCCUGAGCAGUGCAGUUCUACUCACUUCUGUACUGAGGACUUUCUUCCCCAACUGUGUGCUCUGAGGCGGAUGUAGUUGUGUUUCUGUGAGGCUUUUAUCUUUUUUUUAUUUUUGCUUCAAAGCCUGAAGCAGCUGAGACUUGGAGGUCGAGUUGUUCUGUCCUGUCAUUCCUGAGACUAUGGUAGACUGUGCGUCAGGGAGCCCUUCAUCAGCAGCUGCAGCCCUAGAGCAUGGAGAAGUCCAGCAGUGAGGAGUCAGCCAUUCACCGUAGCCCCUCAGUAGAUAGCCGUGACUCAGAUUUUGCCCAGGCGUCCACGUCUGGCCGCCCGUUUGGCGGCCGCGGCUUCACUGCCGGCGCAUUCUACGGCUCCACGGGGCCACGCAAAAACGCACAGCAGGGGCAGGCUGGAGCGGCAGCUGACGCCAGCGCAGGAGACAAGACCAACAACAAGUACAGCUCACCCAAAGGCAGCAAAUACGUAGUCUUUUACCUGGAUCUAUCAUUUGUGUUCCUUUUAGAAUUCAAGAAGUGCAACAUGGCAAGGGGCUGCCUCUGCUGCUUGAAGUAUAUGAUGUUCAUCUUCAAUCUCAUCUUCUGGUUAUGCGGCUGUGGGCUGCUCGGCGUGGGCAUCUGGCUGUCUGUGUCACAGGGCAGCUUCGCCACCUUCUCGCCCUCAUUCCCAUCACUGUCGGCUGCCAACAUGGUCAUCGCCAUCGGCGCCAUCGUCAUGGUAACGGGCUUCCUCGGUUGCCUGGGUGCCAUCAAGGAGAACAAGUGCCUGCUUCUGAGCUUCUUCAUUGUCCUGCUGAUAAUUCUCCUGGCAGAGCUGAUAUUGCUCAUCCUGUUCUUUGUGUACUCAGAUAAGGUGAGCGAGAACGCCAAGCGGGAUCUGAAGGAUGGGCUGGCUCUCUACAACUCAGAAAACAACAUAGGCCUGCGAAAUGCCUGGAACAUCAUCCAGGCAGAGUGGAAGUGCUGCGGUGUGAUAGCAUACACCGACUGGCAUGAUGCCCUCAAGGAGAAGGUAGUUCCUGACCGCUGCUGCCAGGAGCAUUACCAGAACUGUGGGCGAAACUCCACAAACAUGUUCUGGAACAGGGGUUGCUUCGAGAAAGUGGAGGAAUGGCUGGAUGACAACAAACACCUGCUGGGAACCAUAGGCAUGAUCAUCUUGGUAGUGCAGCUCCUGGGCAUGGCGUUCUCCAUGACGCUGUUCCACCACAUCCACAGAACAGGGAAGAAGUACGAUGCUUAGCCUUGGGGGGGAGGCAUCCACUGGAGAGGAGCCCCACUGCCUGAUGGGAUAAGACUCUGAUUUAAACACCCCUGCUCCCCCCUCCUCACUUUACAACCUCUUUAGAGCAUCCUUUGCCCCCCCCCCCACCCCCCCUUUCCCAUCCCAGACCCUCUGUACAGAUUCCAGCUGUGUCCUCGCUCUGUUCUGCUCUCUCCUCUCACCAUUCAUUUUGCCAAAGAGUAACACAACUGGAAGAGAAGGGACACCUACUUUUGGCAAGGAAGAGAAUCCCAUUGGUUGUCACUCCUCUUGAGUACAUUUAUAUUUUAUUGUCUUUUUUUUUCUUUGCUUGGACUAACAAUUUGCUGGAAGGAAGGAUGGAUGGAUUUUGAGACAAUGAAGACUUUACUAAUGCCCAUGCACACCACUCCGAGGCAAAGAGAACACAUGAAACUGAUAUUACCCUCCAGAUCUUGUGGAGUGUCUUUUUUCCUCAUGUUGAAGUCAAGCCCGCUUUUCACUUGUAAAUGGCAAAAGUUCCAACAUGGCAUGCUAGUUUUCUACUUAUCUGAUUUACCUUUGUCGUCAGAAUGUCAAACGUCUUCAUUUUUUUUCUUGUUUUCUUUUUUUUUUUUUUUGUAAGUAUGUCAUCGAUGCUCCUGUGGAAUGUAAGUGUUGAACAGAUCAGUGCAAUGAGUUUUCAGAUGCGUGUGUGUGUGGGGUUGGAUUUGAUGUGACGCUGCUGCAGAGGGGCACAGACACGUGGGGACGGUGUUUUAAUGCACACCAUGAUUCAUAUAUUUUUCAUCUGGCUGUGGAGAUUUUUGGUAGAGUGAGCGUGAUAGAGGAACGUCAUGAUGAGCAUGAGAAAUCAUCAGUGGGUUUAUUUUACACCAAAUUCUGCAGGAUCCUCUGAAUAAUAAAUUGUAAUGCAUAAAUCUGCCUGUGAAAACACACACACACACACACACACACACACACACACACACACACACACACACACACGUUGUGCUGCCACACAGCAGCAGUAUUCCCAUUCCCUAUGAGACAGUAUAAAUGGUGUAAAAUGGCUGUUUAUUAGGGCUCCACCAGGACUGUCAAGUGAAGAGAUCUGGGUGAUGUAGUUCCUCCUUCGAGAAUACAGAAGAAGUGUGUGUGUGUAUGUGUGGCUUUACGGAUGUGUUUUAUCACAUUGUCCAAGCUGCAGAGGAGAGAAAAAAAACAGCACACAGAAACACGAAGCAAAGCAAGGGCACAAGGGGCAAAAACAGAGCAGACAUGUUGUCUCCCUGCUACCAUCAAUUGUGUUAGCGGAGGCGGCUAGAGACUUUCUCUUCUAUAUUCUUGAGAUCUCAUCCAUUUGCUCUGCCCUCCUCACCCUUCCUCUCUUUGGCUGUCAGCUCCUCCUGCCUCCAUUUUUCUCUUUCUUUUUUCACCCCAAUUUUCUUCCCACGCGUCAGAAAGCAAGGAGCUUUAUGAUCCAUAUGUACACACAGUAUCUCUGCUGACAUUCCUGCUCAUCACAGUCUAGUUUGCAACUUCACUGAUUUUACGUAAACUUCCUUUUCUCCCAGUCACAGCAGAGAGGGUGGCGGGAGUGUAGGCAGAUCAAAGCUUAGACCGAUAGUUAUGGCAACAUGCCCUAUAGAACUGUUUGUCUGUUUACUGCUGAUUCGCAGCAGGAAGCCUGAGCAUUAGCCUGCUUCUUCAAGACUGAAAAUACUCUAUAUCUGCUGUGGUGACUUAAAGAAAAUGCCCUCCAGUGUGUAUGCUCUAUAGGCUUCAAAGUUUCUGUGAGCAUGUGAGAGGAGGUGGUGUAAAAGACUGGCCUAUUGUUAAAGGAUCAUUUCAGUUUAGGGAGUCAUUUGGUUAUGAAUGGUUGUCAUCAGUUAUGCCAACACUGUACUCACCGAAGUAAACAGUGAGGACGUGGCUACAACAUUUAGGUGAUCAGAUCAGGUUGUGAACAGGCCAACAGUUUGACCAGAUUAAUAGGUAAUAAUCAAUAAUAAUUCCUCAGUACACAGGAAAACCAUGCCCGCACAGCUACAGUAAGUACAACAGGUCAAAGCUGAACUGAUGGAUUUUUUAGACAGCUUAAGCGCUCAUUUAUACUCCCUUAAUGUACGAAAUAGAUCUGUUCAUUUAAAACAAAGCUGUCACUGCCUACAUACCUACAUGCAUCCAAAUGUUGACAUACAUACAUUCACUAGAUGGCUCUAAGAGGCAGAGUGAAAACUCCCCCACAAUAACAAACAGGCGACAGUGGAGGAGGUUGUAGUAAUGUACCUUUUAACAAAGGCAGCAUUGUUGAACACAGUGUUCUGUGAGGCCAUUAAAAACAUCGCAACAUGUGGACGCCAUUUUUAAAAUGACUUUGACGUGUCCCAUGGUCGUGUCCCACUUGAAAUACGCUACAUUGCCACCAUGAUUUCAGGAGGUACCACUCCAUCUUCUGAUCAAAUUCAGGAGUACGGACAGAAGGCGCUGUCAGAGUUAAGCAUUAAUUACCCUUAAGUAAUCAUUUCACAGCUCACGUUUGUUUACUCCUACAAAUAAAUUUGGCCAGUCUGGAAGUUUGUUUAAAACCUUUAUGAUCGUCUGACUGCUCAUGUUCCUUAUCCCUGGGACACACCGCCUGCAUGAGCAGCACAUGUGAGUCGAGGAACAUCUUGUAUUGUUUUUCGGUGCCUGUAUUAACAGGUAAUAGCAGCCACACUGCCUGUGUGAGCAUCGCUGCUUAGUUGUGGCUCAGCUGCUGCUAAGUUGAGGAACAUUGAGAAAACAGGAGGCUAGCCGAUUUUUUUCCAUGUGACUUUUUUCCGUUGCAAAAAUAGACUGACAGUGGUCUUUUAUUGAUCAUACUGAUAUUAUACCACCUUUCACUACAGUUUAAUCGCUAUAUCUGUCACAGACAUGAAAAAAUAUAGUGAGCUGCAGCAGUUCAGCAAGGUUGCCGUCACAUUUAACGGAAGACAUUUGGCCUUGUGUCACUGUAGGAGAAGCACAGUGUAAAUAAUGAAAUAAAUGAUGGCGGAGUUCCAUUUAGCUGCUUCAGGUUCUUGGUGUUGUCAGUGCUUACUCACCGUCACUCUCACUGGAACACUUGAAUAAAACAAAGCCAGCAUUGGUGUUGUGCUGCGCUUUUCCUACUGUGACAAGUCAAAAUAUCUGCUGUGAGAAAGGCUUAUUGCCAUGUUGCUUCAUUUCAAUACUCAAGACGUUGUGUUCAUAUGGCUGUUAUCUGUGUGGGAGGGGGUCUUGUUUUGCCUUCAAACAACAGCAACUUGUCUUCUGAUGUAACAAUGCCAUUUCCACACAAACACGGUUACAAGCAGCUGUUGGCAUCUCUCACAGUGGGCGACAAAAUAUGCUGAUACAGACGCAAGGCUCACCAUUUCUUCAGAUUCAAAUCCGAAACUUUGCCAUACUGGCGCAGUUUUAGUUUUCUUUGAGACAAACUCUGUCAUGUCUUGUUUCGUCACCCCAAAAAACACAUAAACUUUCUGGUAAACAAACACAAUGUGCACUGUGCGCAUCUUCCCCUCCUCCACCUCUACUGAAAUUUUACCCCUCCAUGUUGCCGGCCUUGACUUGGCAGAUAAUUGCACAUGGCCUGUCAGACACUAGUCUGUUGAUGAACAUCACGUUGUCACGUUGCUAAUGCAAUACAAGUUGAAUUUAGCACCGUGGUGCCGUCUGCACAAGUUGCUGUCUUUUAAUUUGCCACAAUGUGUUAUAAUGACUAACGCCAGUACAGCCAGUUUGCUUAAAAUCAAACCAGUUUAAGCUGGUACACUGUACAAACUCAGAAGUUGACCCAGCUCUACUGCACACCCACACAGGUGUUUUCAAGCACUCUGGCUGAUCACACCUGUCCAUGGUGGGAAUUUUGGAGGGCACCGUGUGGUGAAUAAAUUUCACAGUUAGAAUUCGGCUACUGAAAAUGCAGAGCAGUAAAAAUAGUGCACUAUAUUGCAAACAGGGAGUGAUUUUGGACACAGCCAGUUUUUCUGGCUUGAGCACAGUAAUGCGUCCUCAGUGCUUUGAUUAGCUCAUUUGUUCCUUUAACGACCAAAAAAAGAAAAACAGCCAUCAGUGCAGGACUUGUGUAGAAGCCACAGUCACACAACUCUAUGAAGAACUUACACUUACUGAUAGGAAUGAUGGCCAGAACUACUAUGUUGUAUGAAAGCAUGUAAUAAACUGGAUCAGGAGAGGAUAGGUGAUCAUUUGUUUGCUGCUGUUGGAAGCUGAGUAGAGAAAUCAUUGGGACCAGAAGUGGAUGCGUUCUAAAUUGUAUCCAAGGUAAUCGCUGACAGGAGAGUUUGUUGCUUUGGAUGAAGCCUUGGAACUCAAACACUGUAUUGCUGCUACAUGGGCUAACAAGUGACACAGCAUUACCCACCAAGAUUCACUCAUUAGACAUUCUUCCAGUCUGGCAGCCUGUAUGCCUCAGAGUAUCGCCUGAAGUCAUUCUUUUUUUCUUUCUUUUUUUAAUAGUUUGAUAAUGACUUAAUCUGAGAGACAGUUUCAGGAGGAGAUUUGUGCAUCAGGAAGCAACAGAUUUGGGCUGUGAUGUGCGGCGACCCUGCUGGCUGUGAUUCACUGCCUGCCCCCAUAUGCUCCGACUCCUCUUGUUGUGUCCACGGGGGGAACAUGACAGCUGCUGAUGUACAGCGCAGGCACGAGUGGUCACAUCUCCUCUGCUUGGCUGCCUCCACAAACUCUCUACACAUCCCUUAUUUACUGCCUCGCUCUGCAGACACCCGGCGCUACAUAUACAGUAGCUGGCAGCACUGACACUGUGGAAAUACAGCUGUGCUCUGUAGACGCCUGGAAGCAGCUGUGAGGUAUACUCUGCAUCCGGCAGGGUUUAUAGGAGGAAUAGCUGUAACUGGUUCUGUAAAUCAGACUGCAUUGUAACACUAUCUGCAGGCAAAAACUUAAGAAAAAAAACCCGAGUUAAAUAUUUUGUUUUGGUGCUUUGUCUUGCACGGGGGUGGAAAGUGUUUAAACGCGGAUGUCACUGAAAAUGUGAGAAUGAAGAAUAGAGGAAAUAAAACAAAUCCAGUGUCUGUUUCCGAAUCUGACGUCAUACUUCAGAGAGCCAGCCUGCAAACUCUGCAACUCUUUGCCCUCGACUGAUCUGACUGUGCUGACAUUUUCUCCUCCGUGUGAACUCCCUUUUAGCUCUGCCACUGUCACCUAGAUUUCAUGGUCUUGUCAGAGAAACUGUUCCUUCGUGUUUUUUUGGGGGUUUUUUUUUGAAUGCAGGGAUGAAUGCCGUUUUAACAAAAGCUGUUUAAUGAUGUUAUUUUUGUACAUUGGUUGUCGCUGUUUUAAUGUUUGUUUUUAUACGAUAUACUGUUGUUUUUUUCCUGUUGUAGGCUGUUUUUACUGGCUUUUUAAAAAAAAAACAGAAAAAAUCAUUCAUGACAGAGGCUCUUUGUCGCUCAUUGUGAGUACAUGACACCAUUAAGCAUUUGUUUCAUAGAGGAUUAGUCUUCGCGAUGUUCCUCUAAAAGGUGCAAAAAUGCCUUUCUGUCUUAACAUUGCUGCGGGCAGUUGAAGCAAUUAAGUCAGAACUGAUAGGGAAAAAUUUGGCAUACAGCAUCGGGUAAAGCCCACAAAAGACAUAGUGCACGCUUGUCGUGGUGCUUCUCUGUAUUAAGACCUAGUUUAAUUAAAUUAGGACGUGCUGGUGUAAUCUGCAGUAUGUCUUUUAAAACUGCCAGUGUAAGAGCCAUUAUGUGUUUCUAGAGCAUGAUCUAUUAGAUGACACUGUACGACACAGAGCUCAUGUCACUACAGUAUAUCAGCCCUGUGCGUUAGUCCUGGAUGUAAAUAUGCUCAUUUUACAACUGAUGUAACUUACUGUUAUACUUUACCUCCGCCACUUGUAAUCACAUUUACAUUGACAGUUUAAUUGCCAUUCUCAAUUGCCUAACAACUCAUGCUCUUUUACGCUCAUUUACGGACACGUCUUCCACCCAUAUGUUAUCAUGUUUGAUAGUUUGUUUCUGCCUCUGUGACGUACAGGAGCGGUGUAAAUUUGAUGUAAAUUUGUGUUUUCGUCAGUAUGGUUUUCAUAUUUUAUUUGCAUCUUGUAGUAAGACACGUUUUUCCGUUCUGUUUUUUUGUUGUUUUUUUUUGUUUUGGAAGGAGUAUGAAGUAUUCCCUCUUAUCCAUGGAAGCACUCCCAGUAAGCCACCGGGCUGGUAAAGGAAGAACGCACAUGCAGUAAUUGGGUUUUGUCUGCUGUGAAGAAUUUUGAGACAUAGGAGCUAUUUUUUAUUUUAUUUUAUUUGCCACCUUCGACAUAUUAUUUCUGUAAUCUCCUCCUAAUCCUUCCCCACCCGUGCUACAGCUGAAUAUCUGAGCAGUGGAAAUGUAUGCUCUAGAAAUGGUGUGUUUGAUGUUGUGUUCUGCUGGGUGGCACUAUCUGAUACCUGCCAGCCUUGUCCUGUGGAGUUUUUUCUGCUACAUGUGAAAGCACUCUGAAUAUCUAUACUAGGUGGUGCACUACCUUCUCUUUAUUCUCCAAAUCAACUAUUUUUUAAAUAAAGGAAAGAGUGUCACAAAAAUCCCACGAUACCGUACGCUCAUUGCCUUUCAUGUUUAAUGACUCGAUGCUCCUGAUGUAUUCCCUUUUUAUGUCACUGUCAGUUAUAUAGGCAGUGUUUAAACAGUGUUUGGUGCUGAAUUCUUUUUUUGGUGGGGGGUUGGACGACAGGACUUGGCAUGAAGAGCAAAGUGAAGCGGUGUCACAGCAGAUCCCAUGGUGUACUGAAUGAAAGAGAGUGGCGUCGCCGCCUUAAAAUGGCCUCUUUUUUUAAAAAAAGAAUAACAAAACCUGGGGGACUGCUGUCCGAAAGACGCUGAGAUGAGCUAAUGGUAGUCAGCCAGCCGAGCAGAGGGGUUUUUUAAAAGAACAAAAGGGAGAUGAUGAAAGUGGGAACCAUCGCCAAUUUGUCUCUCGUUUCCACAGCUUGGAGUGAGCAGCAGAGUAUUUUUGUACGGAGCUUUAUCCCUUUUUUAACCUAAUUGUUAUCAGGCCCAUGUGUGAUAGUGAGUGGAGUUUAUUGUGCCAUUCCAUCCUGGCUUUUUGUUUUUCAUCACUGUUCCUUCUAUGCAAAAAUAUGACCUAUUUUAGCCUUUGUACAGAUUAUUUUGUAUGAGUAACAUGUACUGAAAUAAAGUAAACAGAAUCAACCGU